AUGGUCUUGCGCGGAUUCUCCAACUUUCUUCUGGCGCCCACGUCUUCGUCUUCGUCUGCGGGCGCUAGCCAGUCCAGCCCGACGGCGGCAGCGUCAGAACCACGCCCGUUUGCUCUUUUCCCGCGCAACCCUAGCGUCGGGCUUCGUCUUCUAACGCCGUUGGUGCCGGCGUCCGAUAACACGCCAGCAUUAGCCGCCUUGACCACAGCACAGCUCCUUUUCGGCAUUGGCUUGAUGGCGCGGCGCCCGGUGCGCAUCGGCGAGGUGGUCUGGCGUGCCCGUGUGGCCGGCGCCGCCCGGUUUCUCCUAGGCUCGAUCUUUGUGCUUCUGUCGGGGCUCGAGUACGCCCGCAUGCUGCUUCCGUACGACCCCUGGCGCGAGGAGGCACGGCGCUGGCGACACUGGGCCGUGCGCAAUGGCCACAAGCCGUCGUGGUGGUACGGCGCCGUCUGGUGGUACACACCCAUGUCCAUGGACGAGUGGAGAGCAAAGACAACCACGUGGAUCGCCAACACCGCCAACGCCAUGGAGGCGAAGGCCCACGUGCAGCCUGCCGAUGAUGUUCUCUCGAGCAUAUCGAUUGGACCCCACAGCACACUCAAGGUGGGCCAGUCCAAUACGUACUUGGACAUUUACACGCAUUUGCGUCAGAUCAACAGCAAGCGGACGCGCGAGCUCCUCGAGGGCGAGUUGGCGGACGUGAGCGAGCUCAACAAGGCUGAAAGGCUUGACGCGGCUCUCGAGGGCCGCGGCGUGCUGCUCAACGCUGACUACGUGAAGCCAAAUAUUCUGUUGGGAAACCAUCUUUUGGAUACAGACGACGAGUUCGACAUGGUGUGGGCCAACUUUGAGCCCUGGGAGGAGAUGGGCCAGGAGACAGACUUUGACAUCCGGCUCAUUCCACGGUGGCGUGACGGAGAGGCCUAG